ACCUUGUGCUGCUUGAUAACAAAUUCCAGAACUUCCGGUCCCAAAACCGCAGUCUGCAGAGAGUCUCCGGCAAUUCUCGACAUUUCUCGGUGAUCCUCUCCAGCUAUGGCAAUAAACCCUAAAUCACAUCACGAUUUGACUCUGCUCACGCUUUCGUUGUUUUUCUUUAUCACAAUCACACCUUCUUCCUCUCUUACCUACGAUUCUAACCAAACGGUGUACGAAAUUUUGCCCAAAUUUGGCCUCCCAAGUGGCCUUUUGCCGGACUCUGUCGCUGAUUACUCCUUCUCUUCCGAUGGUCGUUUCGUCGUGCAUCUGGAGAGGACUUGCUAUGUUGAGUUCGAUUACUUAGUAUAUUACGAUACCACCAUCACAGGCAAGCUCAGCUAUGGUUCCAUCACCGACCUAAAAGGCAUCCAAGUGCGCCGGUUCUUCUUAUGGCUCGAUGUUGACGAGAUCAAGGUUGAUUUGCCGCCGUCUGAGAGCAUCUAUUUCCAGGUCGGCUUCAUUAACAAGAAGCUCGAUAUUGAUCAGUUCAAGACUAUCCAUUCUUGCCGUGAUUCGGUCAUGGGUUCUUGUCUGGGAUCCUUGAAACGGGCCUUCGAGCUUCCAGCUCCAGUGGAUGAAAUUCCUAUGCUACUUACUGAGUAGAUGCACGUUUAUGGGGUUGGGUGUCUACAUGGAAGAAGCAUUUUACACCGUUCUACUUGUAGCUUAUCUCAUCAUGACUCAAAAGAUGAGUCUGAUUUAGUAGUUCUAUACCUAUGAACUUAAUUACCAUCAUCAUGUACAUAACAAAGUCAUAAAAAAUAGACCGGAUGGUAUCACAUUAUGGUGUUGUAGGUUGAAACUUUGUAGCAAAAGAAAACUACGAUAAAUUACAAAGGCUUGUACUGUAUACUGCUACUCCAAACUACGUGUACUUUAGUCGUCGUUUUCUUUUUUUGGGGUAAAAUGUACUUUAGUCUUCUUA